ACAGGAAGCCAUUCAGGGCUGUAUGUCAACCGAGGCAGGCAUCGCUUCUAGGAAAGUGGUUAGGUCCCCUCAGUAGAGGUGAAGCCCUUUUUGAGAUCUGCCUGAAAUUUCUUGGGUAUGGGCGGGCGCCGCACCCACAAGAGACCUGAGGUACCACAGGGGCAGUUUUGUGUGCCACGUUAAGGGCAAAGAGGUGUGAAAUGGAUGUUGCCGAAUCGUGGAAGACGGAGCAGGAAAAUGCGAUACACGUGGCCCGCAGGAUGGAGGGCGGUGGAGUGGUCAGAGGGUUGAGUGGGUGGCAGAGGAAACUCCGAAACCAAGUGCAGAAUGUGCACCCAGCUUUAAAGGCAAACGGAAAAAGAAGCGAGAUCCCAUGGCCGAGAGCGAAUCCCAGAAGGCCGAGGGUCUGUGCUCAAUGGAGGACGCGGCCGCGAAGAGUCCGGAGGUGGAGGAACCUCAAAGGACGCCGGAGAGGCCAGAACCUGUGGCAUCUCCCCCUUCCCAGCACGAGAGCCCCUCCAAAGGGGAGCCGAAGGUUCUGGCGGACGACUCAGGAGACGAGCAGAUGCUCAGCGGCGAGAAGGAAGAGGAGCAAACGUUUCUGGUCAACCUCUACAAGUUCAUGAAGGACCGCCACACGCCCAUCGAGAGGGUGCCUCACCUCGGCUUUAAGCAGAUUAACCUGUUCAAGAUCUAUAAAGUUGUAGAAAAGCUCGGGGCCUAUGAAUUGGUCACUGGGAGACGCCUUUGGAAGAACGUCUACGACAUGUUAGGGGGCAGUCCUGGGAGCACCAGCGCCGCUACCUGUACGCGGAGACAUUAUGAGAGGCUGGUCCUCCCGUAUGUCCGGCACCUGAAGGGCGAAGAUGACAAACCUCUGCCCCCCGUCAAGCCCCGGAAACAGUACAAGGUUUCGAAGGAGCCCAAGGGGGACAAAGGAGGCAGCCUGGCCGACAAGAAGAGGGCCAGAAAGGAGAAGGCGAGGGACCACCAGGUGGUUCUGCCAGAAAAACAGACUCCCGAGGUGGUUGUCUCUGACCCUAAACCCGGCAGUGGUUUCCAGCAGCAGAAUCGACCCCAGGACCGAACGGGAGGCUGCCUCGCCCUUCCGAACGGGCAGGAGACGCCGGAAAGCCAGACCGCCGACAGCUGCCGUGGCAACUGCAGGGCCCACAGCUGCUCCGAGACCUACAAGCGGCUCUUCUCCAGUUUCUAUUUCAAAGGGAACCACGGAAUCAUGUCGCCCUUGGCCAAGAAGAAGCUUCUGGCUCAGGUCAGCAAGGACGAAGCCCUGUACUGCCACGAGAAACACCUCGGCCACUGCCCUGAGUAUAAGAAGGCCAGGAGCCGAGACAUCUCCGGGUCGGGCCCAGAAGCUGGGACUUGGUUGAGCAUUCGUUGCCAUAAACAGGGGCAAGAUAAGGAGGUGGUGGAGGUGGAGGGGAGCGGGGGCCCAGCUGGAUCCUCUCCGGUCUCAAAAGGGAAAGAAGGAACGUUGAAAGUGUCCCCAAACCCCAAGGACAGCCAAGGUCCCCGGAAGACAGAGGACAGCAGCUCAGGGGGUCGCCCAUCGCCUGACCCGCCUGCCUUCGGCAGCUCUUUCUGCUCCGCCAGAAGUGACGUUGCAAAACCUGGAAGGUGCCAUCAUCCUCGUGCACCAGGGGACUACUAUCCUGGAUUGAGGGAUGCCCCAGCCUCGUCGUCGUCUUCCUAUCAGCCGCAUGGAAAGAACAUGAUGUCAGGCAGCCUCCCUCCAAAGAGGGAGGGGAGUCCCGAGGACCAGCCGGAAGACCUCCGCCGGAGGCCGACCCACUUGCUGAGUGCGUCCUGGAGAGGGGAGAGCCAGCCGCCCUCCGCCUUCCAGAAGAGCGGCCCCGGGGGCAAGAAGGGGCCCUCUCCCUUGCCCCACCUCAAGCCCUCUUGGGUGCCCCCUGCGGCCAACCUGGCCAAGGUGAGUCCGCAAAUCUCGAGGAGCUCCGGCCAGGUGGCUCUUCCGACCGAGGCGGGCAGCGUGGGGCCGAAGAGGAGGAGAGCGCCUGAAGAGGACUUUUACCGGCACGGCAAGAAGCUGAAGGCCGUCUCCCCUUUCAUGCAGGACAUGGAGCCCGGCACUGGGGUGGAGCGCAGCCCUUCCCCGAAGGGCCCGCAAGGGGUGGCGAAACCCAAGGCGACGGUUGCAAGUCGGGGUUUCCCCGUAGCUCCUGUGCCUCAGGUUCAAGACAUGUACAAGGGAAUGAUGGUGAGGCUCCCUGUGAACUUCAGUGGCCCCGGGGAGCCUUUGAAGGGACAGUCGCCCUCCCUGCACCCGUCGCUUUCCAUCAGUCCGUUCAUUAUCCCAGCCUUCCCGACCCCGUUAUUAACGGCUUCCGUACAGCCCUCGGACCUCUGCCAGCCACUGGGGGCCAGCCUGGUUCCCUAUCCCACCUCUUACGACAGCACGCUACGCCACGGGCUGUAUCCCCUUUCACCAUGGCACAGCCAGCCCGCCUACGCCGCGGCUCACAUUCCGGCCUUCCACCGGAAUGCCAAGCUGUAGCCGCCCUCCUGCACCGGCCACCUGAGAAGCGUUUCGUUCAGGACGAGGUCUGCCACGGACUUGCGAACAGCAGCUGCGCUGCGCUUCAGCACUUGAACUGUCUUCCGCUUUCGGUCUCCUUUCUGCAGGAAAGCAGCAGGAUGUCACAAUCAGAACCAUGCAGUCUUUUUUAAAAAAAGAAAAAGAAAGAAAACUGUUGAACUGUGGAUAAUAUUUCUAUCUGGUAUGAUAUGCAAAUGAAUUAUGCUUUUAAAAAAAGAAAUAACCCCAAUAGGGAACAAAGUCCAUAUAAACAGAGAUUUAUAUCUGCA